AUACGUUUUACCAAUCACCGGCGCGCGGAGAAGAAAGCAAUGGCAACCGGGAGCCUUGUGCGGCGAGUGGCUUCGACGCCAUGGAACGCGCGUCUCCGAGAGCUCGCUUCCCAAUCACUCUUCUCCGAAUCGAUCACACUCUACCGUUCGAUGCUCCGUUCAGGCUCCUCCCCGGACGCAUUCUCUUACCCUUUCACUCUCAAGUCAUGCGCCGCGCUCUCCCUUCCCGCCUCCGGCCAACAGCUCCACUGCCACGUCAUCAGAUACGGCUGCGUCGCCGAGCCGUUCGUGCUGACCGCUCUGAUCUCGAUGUACUGCAAAUUCGGUUUGGUGGAGGACGCACGGCAAGUGUUCGACGAAAAUACUCAAUCGCACCAUCUCAGCGUCUGUUACAACGCUUUGAUAUCUGGUUACACUGUAAACUCAAAGGUAGCUGAUGCUUUGUCUAUGUUUCGGAGGAUGAAGGAGAUAGGUGUUUCGGUCGAUUCGGUUACGAUGCUCGGGCUCGUCCCUGUCUGCACGGUUCCUGAUUACGUCUGGUUCGGGAUGUCUCUUCACGGAGAAUGUGUUAAAGAAGGGAUAGACUCUGAGUUAGCUGUUUUGAACAGCUUUAUCACUAUGUACAUGAGAUGCGGAUCGGUGGAGUCUGGGAGGAGGUUGUUCGAUGAGGUUCCCGUGAAGGGUUUGAUUACAUGGAACGCUGUGAUCUCUGGGUGUGCGCAGAACGGACUAGCUUACCAUGUUCUGGAGCUUUACGAGGAGAUGAAAUCGUCUGGUGUUCGUCCUGAUGCUGUCACGUUGGUUAGUGUUCUGUCGUCUUGCGCUCAUCUUGGAGCUCGGGAGGUUGGUCAGGAGGUGGAGAAGUUGGUUGAGGCAGAUGGGUUUGUGUCGAAUGUGUUUGUUAGCAAUGCGUUGAUCAGUAUGUACGCUAGAUGCGGUGAUUUGGCGAAGGCGCGGGGUGUUUUCGACGCGAUGCCUGUGAGAAGCUUGGUGUCGUGGACCGCUAUGAUAGGUUGCUAUGGGAUGCAUGGAAUGGCUGAGACUGGGGUUAAGCUUUUCGAUGAUAUGAUUAAAAGUGGAAUAAGACCCGACAAGACGGUGUUUGUGAUGGUUUUGUCUACGUGCAGCCAUUCGGGUUUGACAAGUAAAGGUUUGGAGUUGUUUGGUGCGAUGAAGAGAGAGUAUAAGCUGGAGCCUGGUCCUGAACACUACGCUUGUGUAGUUGAUCUGCUCGGUAGAGCUGGUCGACUAGAUGAAGCCAUGGUGUUUAUAGAAUCGAUGCCUAUUGAACCGGAUGGUGCUGUUUGGGGAGCUCUGUUGGGUGCCUGUAAAAUCCACAAGAAUGUGGAUAUGGCAGAGUUGGCUUUUGCGAAGGUGAUUGAGUUGGAACCGAUGAACAUUGGCUACUAUGUAUUGAUGUCGAAUAUAUAUACGGAGUCAAAGGAUCAAGAAGGAAUCUGGAGAAUACGGGUGAUGAUGAGAGAGAGAGGAUUCAAGAAAGAGCCCGGGUACAGUUACGUGGAAGACAAGGGAAGGGUUCACUUGUUCUUGGCUGGCGAUAGAAGUCAUGAGCAAACAGAGGAAGUCUAUAGAAUGCUGGACGAGCUAGAGACUUCUGUGAUGGAGAUGGCGGGAAACACGGACUGUGAUAGAUGCGGAGAGGUUCCGAGCAGCACGCGUGAGCAUAGCGAGAGGUUAGCGGUAGCGUUUGCGAUACUCAACACUAGUCCAGGGACGGAGAUUCUUGUGAUAAAGAACCUGAGGGUUUGUGAAGAUUGUCAUGUGUUCAUCAAGAUGGUUAGCAAGAUUGUAGAUCGUAGGUUUGUCGUAAGAGAUGCAUCACGGUUCCAUUAUUUCGAAGAUGGGCUUUGCUCGUGCAAGGAUUACUGGUGAUUCUCUCAUAGUCUCACAAAGUGUGUACUACUACAGAGGAUGUAUAUAAAAAAUGGUUACAGAAGGUUGAAGGUUGCACUCUAACUACAAAAAUAUUCUUUCAGAAAUAAGUUGGUCUUCUACAAAGGGGAUGGUUUUCCGAACAAUCACCCUCAUAGGAGCUCCUGCAAGAAGGAAAAAGAUGUGAUGAAUAACCCACUAAAACCAAUGGAUCCUUCAGUGUCAACUGAAAAUGCACCUUCGUCAGCUUGAUCAUCUUCGGUACAGACUGCAGCAUAAUGAGAACCAGCCAACUCCAAAAGGUCAAACUUCCAUCUUCCAUUGCAUUCCUCUGUCUUCUCCAGUGGAUUGGCUGUCACUUCAGAUGUCUACAGAAAAGUGUCUUUAAGGAAAUGAACAGUGGCAACACUUACUUGUGCUCAUUUCCAGAAUCUAAGUCUAAAAAAACAAACCUUGCAAAGACUGUAGCCUCCCUCUGUUCCAGGCUUAGACUGGAUCGUGAAGGUAUUAAAAGGUGCAGCGGAGAAGCCUUUCCCUAAUGCUUUCACAUAUGCCUCCUGGAUACACACAAUCACCACAAGAGCUUCUAACCUUUUUGAGAAGUAACAAUUAUUUCAGGCUCAAGCGUUAUCUGUUAUUUGUAGAGACUACCUUAAGAGUCCAUAGCUUAAUAAAUUCCUUUCUCUGA